UGUAUUGGGUCAGAAGUGGGCCCUGAACAUUUGUGACAAUUUCGAGUGGGCCCCACAUUGGAAAAGGUUGGGAACCCCUGAUGUAGGCUAUUGCUGAGGAGACGGCUGAACAUGAAUGGAUCCAAACAUCUUGAAAAACCCGCCCUGUGUUUCAUGAACAGACUGAGAUAGAGGACUGCUAGGACCACAGUAGUUUAAGUAUUUAAUUAUUAAUGAAAGCAGAAGGAAGUUGUUGAGCGCAAUUAACACAGGAUGACCUUUGUCUCGCGGGUACCGCCCACUUCCGCCUAACAGGUAAAAUUACGUGACGCCACUGGAGCGCCUGGAUGAGGAAGUGACCGCGCACGAACAGUUACAGUUAAUUUCGCUUUUAUUGGAAGAUUAAAAACCCCAACCAAGUGCCGAAGAGACUGUAUGACGUUUUAAACAUGUGUGGCUUUGAUAAAGAGAGUGGUCCUGGCCGCCUGAUGAAGCAGGGCUUGAUCCUGAUCCUGGUUGGCCAUGUGAACUUCAUCAUGGGGGCCAUAGUGCACGGCAGCAUCCUGCGCCACAUCUCGCGGCCAAAAGGGGGCGACAUCACCACCGAGUACACCGCCGUCAACAUCAUAUCAGUCUCCUCCGGACUACUGAGCAUUGUGUCGGGGAUCGUCGCCAUAUUGGUGUCCAGGAACCUGCCGGUUGCCAAACUGCAUGUCGGCCUGGUGGUGUGUUCCCUCCUCAACGCGCUGCUCUCGGCCGCCUGCUGCGUAGGGCUCCUAUUGGCUAUCAGCGUGACGGUGGGCGGGGAGGGGCGGGACCUGAUGGCCGGCUGCAACUCCAGCGACCUGCCAAUCAACGCCCGCGCACCAAUCACAGUCGACUGCCCCUUCGACACCACCAGGAUAUAUGACACCACUCUGGCCCUGUGGUUCCCGUGUCUGCUGCUGGCUGCCAUGGAAACGGGCCUGUCCGUCUGGUGCCUGGUAGUGGCACUCACGCUGCUGGGGGUGGGGCCCUGCGGACACGCCUACAGGGACCAGCUGGGUGAGGAGGGAGAGUCUCUGGCGAAGACAAAGCGGACGAGGACGAGGACGAGGAUGGCCUCCCCCCCUCUGGCCUAGACGACACACACACACACACACGCGCCUGCCAAGGCCCGGGACGAGAGGAGCGGAAUGAGGGGGAAGGAAAGAGCAUCCUGACUGUUCCGGAAUGUCCAGGCCAGGGGUAACCAGGGUAACCACCCUGGGGUCUGUCCUGUGUUUGUGUGUGUGUGCGUGUGUGUGCGUGUCUGACUGUGUCUGUGUGCGUGUGCGUGUGCACCUCUCCCCAAUUUGAUCUUGGUGCUGGCUGUCAUUGCAGCCUCUCCUCCCCUCCAGAGUGUGUGCGUGUGUGCGUGUGUGCGUGUGUGCGCGCGUGUGCGCGUGUGAUCAUAUCCCCUCCACUUCAGAGUGCCAUGAUGUGUCCGUUAAGAUUUCAAAUUAUUAUAAAACGCCUCAUUUGCUUUAAGUGUUUUUAAAAAUGAUUCAGUUUUGUAUUUUGAAACAGUAGGAUAUGAUGUUAUAUUCAUGUGCUUAAAGUGUUUUUACAAUGAUCAGUUUUGAAUUUAGAAACAAUGGGAUGUUUUAUUCAUAUAAUGAAACAUCUUUUUUUUUUUUACAAUGAUCAGUUUUGUGUUAAGAGACAGUGGGAUAUGAUUAUUAUACAUAUUCAUGUGCUUAAAAUGUUUUUAUAACUAUUAGUUUUGUAUUCAGGAGCUCCUCCUGUGGGAUAUCAUGUUAUAAUAUAAUAUAAUGGUAUUAAUAUUAGAGAUGUACAGGAUCCAAGAUCCGGUUCUGGAUCCGGCAGGAUAAUAGGUUUUUCAGACUAUCCGGAUCCGGCAGGAUCUUGAGCAGUGGAGCCGGUAUCCGGCAGUUACCUAAAAAUCAGGAUCUGGGGCAUCUCUACUUUUUACGUCGCCUAGGCUUUUCAGUCAGUCUUUCACAACCCCAAUUGCUGCAUGGAGUGAAAGGCCUUUGGAAGCGGCAGUUGAAGGCAGUGUGGCAGUAAGCCAAUGAGUCUUAAAAAUAGUUUGCGCCAACGUAAUAAAAAAGCCCCCACGUGUGCGAGUUGGCUAUGCGUUUCAACCCUUUCGUAGGAUCCGGUAUCCGGUUCCGGAUCCGGCAGGAUCUUAAGCAGUGGGUCCGGUAUCCGGCAGGAUCCUAAAAAUCAGGAUCCGGUGCAUCUCUAAUUAUUAUUAAUGUGAUCUGAAUAUUAUGUUAUUAUUAAUGUUAUUAAUAUCAUACUGCACACUACUGUAGGCUCUGGUGGCCUCGUGUGAUAUAAUGUGUAUUAAUACUAAUUUUAUAAUAUAAUAUGAUAUAAUAGUAUUGAUAUUAAUGUGAUCUGAAUGUUAUGUUAAUAUUAAUAUUAUUAAUGUUAUACUGCACACUUCUGUAGGCU